UGCCUGUCUUUCUGGUAAGCGACGCGAGACUAUUCCGCUUGUUUCGAAAGUGGUCCCUUCUGUUCUGAAACUGUGAUUUUCAAGGCCAAGUGGAUAUACGAAAGAUUCUUAGCUCCAGGGAGCGUCUGUGAUAUCAACGUUUCGUCCAACGUCAGAGAAAAUAUAAAGAAACACUUGGAUCCGCCAUACGAAGAUCUGUUUGAUGACGAAAUUGAUCACGUGUUGACGUGCCUCAAAGAACCAUGGGAUAGUCUUUGCCGUGAUGAACGAAAGGAAUACGAAAUGAUACCAAAGAGUGAACAGUUGCGUUACAUUACGGUGAAAUUGAACGACAACAAUUCACGACGAAAAAUAUCUUUGUUAUCGAACGAAUUGGACGAUCAAGAAGGAAAAGAAAAUUUCGAAAGUGGAAGAUACGAUGUGGAAGAUGUUAAAAACUCGUUACCAGUCCCUCCAGACGGAGUGAACUUUGAAAGUUUGAUGAAAGACAGAGAGGAACUUGAGGGAUUUCAGAGAAUUUUCCCUGCCAGUGAUGGCAUUGUGAACGAAAACAUGGUCGAACGAAAAACAUCGAGCUUCUGUAACCUGUACUUCAUGCAAGAAAUGCAGGUUACAGAAGCUAGAUGUUUUUAUUGCUAUUUGAAAGCCGUAAAAACACUAGCUUCUGUAACAUUCAUUCAUUCUGAAAUGUACAGCCUGUUGAUAGACACCUACAUCAAAGAGCCAAGUGAACGAGAAAGGUUAUUUAAUGCUAUUGAACAUCUACCAUGAGUGAAAAAGAAGGCAGACUGGGCACUUGACUGGAUCAAUCCUGAUAAGGCUUCUUUUGGUGAACGAAUCGUAGCAUUUGCUGCUGUUGAAGGAAUAUUUUUCUCUGGAUCUUUUGCUUCAAUUUUCUGGUUGAAAAAACGAAAUUUGAUGCCUGGACUUACGUUUUCAAACGAACUUAUAAGUCGAGACGAGGUUUUUAUUGGAGCGAUUCUACACAAUAAAACUGGUUUGAAGAAUUAAAUCCGAUCAUUCAGAAGCUGAUUCUUCUUGCUUGAACAUGAGUCCACAACACGUUGACAGAUGUCUUGCUGUGAAACAAGAAAAAAUGAGAGUCCCCCAUUGGCCAUGUCAAGAAACAGUGGCUGCUGCAGAAGUUAAUGAUAAAUCAAUUAGGAACUGGAUAAAUGAACAAUUGUAAUUUAUAUAGUCAAUCAAUUUUAUCUAUUUUAUUUGUUGUACCAAGAACAUGUAUAUACAGUGACACGCAAAAGUAUUCAAUACACUGGAUAAUUGUUAAUA